UUACUCAAACACACCGAACGAUUGAUUCGAGUACACAACGUAAACGACAAGGACAUGGCUCACAACUUUAUUUUCAUAAUUUUGGUGCUACAGAUAAGUGUGUUAUUGUGUGUGUUGGUAGAUCUGACGUCAGCCCAUGGUGCAGACGAUGCCAACCCUUGCACUAGUUCACAUUGUCAAAAUGGUGGCACGUGUAGACCAGACGGUCAAACCUUUCGUUGUGAGUGUCACGAGGGAUAUGGUGGAGAUUUUUGUAACCUUGAUCAGCCAGUAAUUCAUCAUAAUCUUGUGAUUGGUGAUAAUGUUAAACUUGAGUGCUAUACAAAUGUUAGUUUACCCAGACCGUUAGAUGUGGAAUGGUUUAAAUCAGUAGACGGAAACAUUACACGUGUCAAUCUAACAGCUGAUGUCACUAAAUAUUCCGGUGGAACAGUAUCUAAACGCAGCCUGAUAAUAUAUCGUACCAACUUCGACGACACGGCCGGUUAUUCUUGUCGGACUAAUAAUACCGCCUUUGAAGUAAACCAAGAAUUCCAUCACGUCGCCAUUGAAGGAGUAAAAUAUGAAUGUAGUUCCUUGAACGAAAAUCAAGUCAUACUGAAUUACAUAGGAAUUGCAGUAGAAGUUGUUUUCGCGGAUCAGACCAAUAAAGAAUGUUUCUUCACGCCUGUGGAUGAUAAGUAUGAUAACUUCACUCUCACAGUAGGAUUAGGGAAUGCAAACAGUACCAGUAACGUUAGCAAUCCAUGUAAUUUUACGAAAACCUCAGAAGAUUACUUCUCAGGCAGAGUAGUAGUGAGACGAACGAUUAAGGGUAUUGACACUACAAAAGACAACACCUUUGCUGUCCACUGUUCAUAUUUAAUUACUACAAACAGUAAGGCACAAAUAACCACCAAGUCCCAACCAGUAAUUACCCCUGUUCUACAGACACAGCCAAGUGGUCCAAAAUCAGAGGCAUCAUAUAAAGUUGAAGUUCGGAAGUAUAAUGGAAGACGUCUAAGUUCUGCUAAAUCUGGUGCUCGUGUUAUUUUUAAAGCCUUUAUGACUCCUGCCGGAAACGAAACAGCUUUUACCGUCUCCAGUUGUGAAAUAUUCGAUAAUAACAAAAGGAAAGUCGUACCUGUUUUAAUAAAUGGCUGUGGAACAGGCUUCCCUUUCAAAGUUACAGAAGGUUUUGAAAUGAGAGGAACCACAGGGGAAAGUCCGAUUUUUAAGUUGUUCACUUUACGUAAAAGACAUAGAUUAAACAUUGCAUGCCAAUUCUUCGUUUGUGACGGAAGUUGUAAUGGGAGCUCCUGCCAAAAGACAUAACUAUAGAAUUGGAAUAGUCGGCUGUUAUAAUUAACAUAUUAUUCGUAUAUAAAAUAAUUCUUUGUAUGUAAUCCGUAUCGGUUACAAUUUUAUAUUUGUGUAUGUGCUAUAUAUUGCUAGCAACUAUAUUUGAUAUGAUGUUUAACAAUACAAAAAGUCAUCGGGUCAGUGGAAGCUUUUAUCAU